GCUGCACCGUCCCCGUGACCCCUCCGUCCACUCCUGCCCGUCCUGCCCAGGUCCUGCCUGCAAGGAUGCAGGGGAUGGUGCUGUUCAAAUGCUGGCUCGCUCUGUUUCUGCUCACUGUUGGAGCUGGAGGGGCUCGGAGUCCAGGACUGUGCCCCCUGCACCUGCUCGUUGGCCUGGACGUCACUGAUUACCAACAGUCCAGCCUGCACCAGUACCUGGAGGGCAUCAUCCGGGAGCUGUUCUCCCUGACCAAGGUCAGCUGCACCCAGCUCAACGUCACCCUGAGCAUCCAGAGCAUGGACAAGGGCGGCGACGUCCUCUUCCGAGCCUGCCUCUCCAAGCACCAGCAUGACACCUUGCAGCAGCUGCGCUUGGUGCACGCCUUCAGGCGCUCGUACCUGAACCAGCCCUCCCUGCGCCGCCUCCUAGAGAUGAGCCAACGCCUGCCAGAGAGUAACAAGGUGCUGCUCCUGUUUACGGAUGGGUUGGACGAUGAUGUGAAGAAGCUGGAGGAGAUGUCAGCUGCUCUGCAGGUGCAAGGCCAGCUUGAUGCACUAGUGACUAUUGCAAUGAACAAUGCUACCAACAUGGAAGAGCUGCAGCUCAUUGAGUUUGGGCGAAGGUUCAGGCACAGCCAGCAGCUGAGCAUGGAGAGCCCCGAGAUUGGCUUUGUUUUGGCUCAAGAGCUGCUGGCUGUGUCGGAGAAGAAGUGCUGCCACCCGUGCCCCUGCACCUGCAUUGGAUUGCCAGGCUUGCGAGGCCCCCUGGGUGCUCCAGGGCGCAAGGGGAGGAAAGGAGCCAAGGGGCUGGUUGGAGAUCACGGGCACUACGGACACAGCGGGGAGCAGGGACUGCAGGGGCUCCAAGGAAGCUGGGGAACCCAGGGAUGCCCAGGCCAACGUGGACCCAAGGGACUGCCAGGAUACCCUGGAGAGCAGGGAGCUCCUGGGGAAGCUGGAUACGAUGGCAUCCCUGGGGAGAAGGGGGAAGCCGGCCUGUCUGGGAAUCCCGGGACAAGAGGAUCCCGCGGGAGGCAGGGGCGGAAAGGCUCCCGGAGUCUCCGUGGUGUCGCAGGGCCUCCAGGAUCCCCCGGCAACACUGGAAAUCCUGGGAGAAGCAGCCCCAAGCAUGGAGCCCCCGGAAGGAAGGGCAAAAGAGGCACCCAGGGGGCCUCUGGUCCAGAGGGCAGCCCUGGGCCACCUGGGUCACAGGGCCCAACUGCAGAUCUGAGCAUAUGCCUGAAGGGGCAGAAAGGAGCCCAGGGCAGGAGGGGCAUCGCAGGUGCCCCAGGCACUGCUGGGGAGAAGGGCUACCAAGGUGCCCAGGGGCUGCGAGGUCUCAGAGGGACAAAGGGCAUCGUGGGUCACCCAGGUUGCCGUGGAGCUCAGGGGCUUUCUGGAGAUGUGGGCUCCCCAGGAAACACUGGCCCCGCUGGUCCCCAGGGUGAGAAGGGGCAGGCCGGAGCAAGAGGUGAAAAAGGAGACACAGGGUCUCUGGGGCCCAAGGGGGCACCGGGGGACAGUGGAUGUGAUAAACGAGGAUCUCCAGGGAGGAAGGGCUCAAAGGGGUCCCACGGAGGCCAUGGAGACCCUGGUGCUCAGGGUGAAAGAGGUGACAAAGGUAGCAGGGGGGACAAAGGCUGGAAGGGCCUGCGUGGAUCCAGGGGGCCACUUGGGAGAAGGGGAGACCAAGGGCUGCAUGGAAGCAUGGGACCUCCAGGAGAGAUGGGUCUGAAAGGUUUACCUGGAGUUCCCCUCUUUACGCCCUGUGAACUCAUUGCCUCCCUCCGAGAGAGCUGUGACCCCGACUCCCUGGCCUGCCCGCUCUUCCCCACCGAGCUGGCCUUCGUGGUAGAGAGGUCCGCCAACAUCACUCCCACUGAGUUCGGCCGGAUGAAAGACGCCCUGGCCUUCCUGCUCCGGGAGCUGCGCAUCUCCCAGGGCAACUGUCCUACCGGGGCCCGUGUGACCCUGCUGUCCUAUGCCUCCACCCCCACCUACCUGCUGCGCUUCACCGACAUGCAGCAGAAGGGGCCGCUCCUGCGGCUGGUGGGGGACCUGUCCUAUGUGCGCUCUACCCAGAGAGGCCGCCUGGCCGCAGCAAUGAGGUUUGUGGGCUGCAAUACCUUCAAAAGGGCGAGGCCAGCCUUGCUGGGCAGGAAGGUGGCGGUGUUCCUAACCAGCGGCCGGGGCCAGGCCCAGGAGGGCAUUGGCAAGGUCGCCCUAGAGUAUGUGGCCCUUGGCAUCAUCCUGGUGGUGGUAACCUUCAGCCCCCUGCCUGGGGUGGAGCAGGCGUUCCAGAUGGACGAGACAUUCAGAGUGGUCCAGCUGGCAGCUGCGGACUCGUCCCGGGAUGUGGAGGCACUUCGGGAAGCUGUGUUCUUCUGCACGCUAUGCUUUGGUAUGUGCAAGCCUGGGAACUGCACGAAGGAGCCCCUGCUGCAGAAUCCGCUGGGGCUGGACCUGGAUUUGGCUCUGCUGGUGGAUAAUCCCCCCCUCACCCUGCCAGUCGGGAGCCUGGAGAAAGUCACCCAUCUCUUCAGCAGCAUCCUGGACCAUUUGAAGAUCUCCCCUCGCCCUGAGCGGCCUGACAGUGGUACCAGUGUCUCCCUGGUGCUGACAGGGCCCUCGAAGGCUCACCUAGCUUCUCGAGAGGUCUUGUGGGAGUUUCCUUUCACCCAGCAUGGCUCUAGAGAGAGGAUCAAAGAGCAUCUGCAGGCUCUCGCUGGUUGCCAGGGAGGCAGCGAUGCCGGCCAGCCAAGCCAUGGCAUGGAUCCUGCGCCAAGCAUUCUGGGAGAGCCCUUCACACACGCUACGGGUGCUCUUUGCUGUAGUUACCAGGGAAACUGACCUGUGGGACCAGAAGAUGUUGCCAGAGCUGUCCCGCUUUGCCCAGUGUGGGGUGUUUGCCAUGUUCAUCCUAGCCCUGGGCCCAGAGGGGACUGGCAGGCAGGAAGGAAUCGUGCCA